AUUUUUUUACAUACGGAUCAAGUCAUAGUCAGCCAACACGUGAAGAUAAGAAGAUUAAAUUCGUAUCGAACCCAAAUCUAAUCCAAACCUCAAAUUCAAAAGGCAUUUUGAGUUACCAUCAUCACGCAUGGCUGCUCUGGUCCCCACUCCCAGCUGACGCAUUUUGCCCUUCAUAAAUACAGAGGCGGCAGACUCGUUCCCUCUCGUGCCAAAGCUAAGACAUCGAAACUUCCACUUGUUUCCCCAGCAAAAGCUCGGAGAGAGAGAGAGAUGAGCCAGACCCAGUUCCCCUUGUGCGCAAAACUCAACCCCAAGUUCGUGCCCGGACCUUGCGUCCACCCAAGAUCCACUACCCAUUUGCCAAAACCAGGCCUUUUCGUCGGAACUUCAUGUGGGUCUUCUUCUUCUUCUUCUUCUUCUUCCGCAAGAUCAAGAACCGCUUCGAGAGCCGCCGUUGUCGACCUCUGCGUGGCGGCGAUGGAGGCGGAUAGUUUCUACGACCUGCUGGGCAUCUCGGAGAGCGGGACGGCGUCGGAGAUCAGGCGAGCUUACAAGCGACUGGUCCUAAAAUACCACCCUGACGUGUCGCCUCCCGGCAGGGCCAAAGAGUACACGAAGAGGUUCAUUCAGGUGCAGGAGGCCUACGAGACGUUGUCCGAUCCGACAAGCAGAGCUUCGUACGAUAGAGAUAUGGCCUUUGGCAGUCGGAAACCAUUCUGUUACGUACAGAUUGAGAAAGGAAACUACACAUAAGUUCGGACAAUCUUAUCGGCAACAACAUUUCAUGACAAAAAUAAUUGGUUUCUGUCCUACUGUAAUCGACCGUCGUACAUGUCGGAUAUUGCUCUUAACAUAAACCCACUUGCUUGUCACAAGGGAAGAAUUGGUAUUUGAGUGUGAUGACAGGGGAGAAACCAAUCAUAUGCUUAUUAUGAAGUUAAGAACUUGUCUUUCACCGUCCGGCAUUUUUGUAUGCUCCAGAGCAUGAAGUAUACUUACUUGGUUACGUCAUAUCGCCAUAUCGCAGGCGCGACACGACUCUGCGGAGUGGAAGCUUCGGUGGGUGUCUCAAAUCAAUGAGCUAUUGAGGAGACGCGCGGAGAAAGAUCUCCGCCGUGAGAGCAUGUCCUGGGGAGCUCGAAUUCGCCGGCAAAGAGACAGUUGAAACUAAAAUCACUCUAUUUAUGACACUGCAGAGAAUGAAAUCAAUGGUCUUGAUCUAACGUAAAUUGUGCUCCAAUGAUCAAUAAAUUCACAACGGGUGGGGAUGUGUGUCCGCA